CGUCUCAUCCCCCUCUUUUCACGGUUCUCCCUCACCACGGCCGUCCUGCACCCCCAUCACUACCCCCACCCUCAAACCAAAAAAUCUCCUCUAUAUGUAUAUUUUCUUGGAGUGGGGGAAAAGGAUAUGAGCCCAGGAAUGCGCUCCUUCGACGACGACCGGGGUCUCCCCCUCCUUUGACCUCCGGCCGAUUCCGCCGUCGGAUCUCCGCAUCCAGCCCUUCCGCUUUCUGUCCUGUCUCGCUUUCUCCCCAGAUUCCUCCGAAAUUCCUCUGCUUGAAGCUUCUUGGUUAGGUCUAAGGAAGAAGGACGACAAGAAGGAGAACCCCCUCCUCCUCAUCGUCCUCGCGAGGAAUAGAAUUCCGAUUCAUCGCUACCCCCCUAAAUUGGUGGUUGUUUGCUUUGUCUCGAUCUCCAGGUCUCGUCCCCCCUAAAUCUGGUGAAUCGGGGGAUGGUGGUGUUCGCCAUCCGUUUCGGAUCGGCCUGAGGAGAAGGAUGUCGGGCGCGGGCCAGGCGGCGGUGGAGCAGCACGUCGGCUUCCCCGCGAAGAUGGCCGCCGAGGGCGAGCAGCAGCAGCGGCGGUCGGUCGGCGGGUGCAACCCGGUGCGGAAGCCGGGCCCCGUCUCCAUGGACCACGUCCUCCUCGCCCUGCACGAGACCAAGGAAGAGCGGGAGGUCCGGAUCCGGAGCCUCUUCAACUUCUUCGACGCGGCGGGCCUCGGCCACCUCGACUACGCCCAAAUCGAGGCCGGCCUGUUGGCGCUCCGCAUCCCCGCCGAGUACAAGUACGCCAGGGAUCUCCUCAAGGUCUGCGACGCCAAUCGGGACGGCCGGGUCGACUACCAGGAGUUCCGCCGCUACAUGGACGACAAGGAGCUCGAGCUCUAUCGCAUCUUCCAGGCCAUCGAUGUCGAGCACAACGGAUGCAUCUUGCCCGAGGAGCUCUGGGACGCGCUCGUCCAGGCAGUUUUCCUUUUGCAGGAAUUGAAAUUGAUGAUGAGGAGCUUGCUCGUUUCGUAGAGCAUGUUGAUAAGGAUAACAAUGGGAUUAUAACUUUUGAAGAAUGGAGAGAUUUCCUUUUACUUUAUCCCCAUGAAGCAACCAUCGAGAACAUUUAUCAGUACUGGGAGAGAGUAUGCCUUGUUGAUAUAGGUGAACAGGCUGUUAUUCCUGAAGGUAUAAGUAAGCAUGUGAAUGCAAGCAAGUACUUGAUUGCAGGAGGAGUAGCUGGAGCAGCUUCUCGUACAGCUACUGCUCCUCUUGAUCGUCUUAAAGUGGUUAUGCAAGUGCAGACAAACCGUGCACACAUUAGUUCAGCAAUAAAGGACAUAUGGAGAGAGGGCCAUUUCUUGGGAUUUUUUAGGGGGAAUGCCUUAAAUGUGAUGAAGGUUGCACCUGAAAGUGCAAUAAAAUUUUACACAUAUGAGAUGCUAAAAGAUUUGAUUGUCAAAGCCAAAGGAGAAGAUGAGAGUGGCAUUGGUGCUUCUGGGCGUCUUAUUGCUGGUGGUUUAGCAGGUGCGGUGGCACAAACGGCAAUUUAUCCCAUGGAUCUUGUGAAAACACGACUGCAGACUUAUGCAUGUGAAGGUGGAAAAGUUCCUAAUCUUGGUACACUGUCAAAAGAUAUAUGGGUGCAUGAAGGGCCCCGAGCUUUCUAUAGGGGCAUCAUCCCAUCUCUUCUUGGAAUUAUCCCAUAUGCUGGCAUAGAUCUUGCAGCAUAUGAGACCUUGAAAGAUAUGUCUAAAACAUAUAUUCUUAAAGAUAGUGAACCUGGCCCACUAGUGCAACUGGGUUGUGGUACUAUUUCAGGAGCUCUUGGAGCAACGUGCGUUUAUCCCUUGCAGGUUAUAAGAACAAGAAUGCAAGCCCAGCGUUCUAACUCAACCACUGCAUAUCAAGGAAUGUCUGAUGUGUUUUGGAGAACCCUUCAGCAUGAAGGUUUUUCAGGAUUCUAUAAAGGAAUUUUUCCAAAUCUGCUCAAAGUGGUUCCAUCUGCAAGUAUUACUUAUCUUGUUUAUGAGACCAUGAAAAAAAACCUCUUUCUUGAUUAAAGGAAUCUAUAAUUUUGGCUAGUAGCCACCAUUAUUGACAUGGCUGACUAUAGAGUUUAUGAUGACGAUUACGAGGAUAAGGUUACUGAUUAAGUAGGUGAUAUGAUUGUUUCAGUUAUGUGAUGGUAUUUUUCCUUCAGAGUAUGAUGUAAAGGUCAUUUUAGCAACCCUCUUGGCAAAGCUAUUUGGAAAUAACAUUAGGGUUAUCUUCAAGGCCUGACAUUGGACUUUGAGAUUUGUCAUUUCAGUCAUGGACCACUUUAGUUUUUAUCUUUGAGAUUAUAACUGCAAUUCUCCAAUUGCCUGCCUUGGAGAUUUUUGAAAGGAUGCGCGCACUGUCAGUAGCUGGUGACAGCAAGAAAUGUUGGCUGGUUAGCCUUGUCAGGAGUCUCUAUAAGAUUGUUAUGGAUAUUUUCAUGGAUUCAUCUUCAGCUACAAUCGUCUUCCUGUUCCAAUUAGCUUUCUUUGUUUAUCAUAGUUUUUUGAGAGCUUUAUUAUUGGCUUUUAAACACUAGUUCUUGAUGUCUGAAUAAUAAGCUUGACUUGCAAUAUUUAUUUUGAUAGGCAUAUGAUGGUAUUGAUAAAAUUUUCUUGCUUCCAUUAUGAGGAAAAUGGUUCAUGGCUUUAAACACUAGUUCUUGACGUCUGAAGAAUAAGCUUGACAUGUAAUACUGAAAUUUUUCUUGCUUCCAUCAUGUGGAAAAUGGUUUCGGAGUGAACUGAUAGGGUUGAUACCAAACCAUGUCUCCCUUAUUUGUUAAUUGAUGAUCAGUUCUGUAUGGUAAUGUUUACCGUCCAUGCAAGACAACUGCAGGUUGCUAUAGGUUACCAAGUCACAAUCCCCUCCCCCACGGCUACGUGAUGCGGCUCUUUUAGCUUGAACUGAUGGCACUUGGAACAAUUUUGAACAAGGAGGGUCAACCUUGCCCAUUGGUGCCACUACGAGUAAUACAGCAGCAGCUGACUAUACUUGUGUAUUAUUUUGAAUUCAAAAAAAAAAAAAAAGUUCCUGCUGUAUAAUUUGAAUAUGGAGAGCUUAUCAUGUUUCAGAGAAUACUUCCCACUGGAUUCUAUUUGUUUGAAUUUAACUAUUUCUGAUUCACAAGUUUAAACAUUGAAGCUUCCAUCUUU